GAGAAAUUUAACCUAGAGAAUAGAUUGUUUUGUUGUUCAGAGGUUUUUGAAGGAUUUUGGAGUUUUUUGGAGAAAUUCCAGAGGCUCUCACGAUUUAUCGGGGAUUUAUUGAAGCCAUUGGAUAAUUUAUUUUGAAAGUGAAAAGAGUGGGGGUGAUUGGAGCGUGAUUUUUUGAAAUUUUUGGAGAAAUGUCGUAUCAGGGAUCACCCUUUUCAGCGAGAUAUGGACCAGAGGAUUACGACCUCGACGAGGACAACGAAGAGUAUUUGGAUGAUGAGAGAGAUGUCGAAGAUCCCGAUGAAACGGAUGAAGACACAGAAGAGGCCAGUGAGACAGACAUGGGAAAGUCUGAGGAAUACACGGAGAUUAAAGAGCAGAUUUAUCAAGACAAAUUGGGUAAUUUAAAAAAGCAAUUGCAGCAAUUGAAGGAUAAUAUUCACCCGGAGUACAACAAAAAGGUGAAAAAACUAGAGACGCAGUACCACGAGAGACUAUGUUUGAACGAAAUUUAUCGUGAUUACUUGAUUGAUUGGGCCGAGAAAGAUUACAAAUUAGAGCAAAAAGCCGCAGCCAAGGAGUACGAGGAGAAAAAAGUUGAUUUGAAGGAGAAUUUAUUGGCCGACAUGGAGGAGAAGAGAAAAAUGAUUGAAUCUGAUCGACAGACGAUGGAACUAGCUGGCGAUUCGACAGAGCAAUACAAGGUAAAACCCGUGAUGACGAGGAAAUUGAGACGAAGACCUAACGAUCCUGUACCUGAAAAGGUGGAAAAGAGGAGAAAAGUACUUCAGGUACAAGUUAAUUAUUUACUGGAUGAGAAAGAGGUGGAGAAUGAUUUGAAAGCUAUCAGCAGAGGAAAAGUCAUGACUGCCGUGAGAAAACAGGUGGUCAUGCCACAUUAUAAUCCAGUAAAUAUUCCAGCGUCACACAUUCCACAGUUGUCCGAGGGUCCAUUAGUCGAAACGAAAAUUGAAGAUGGAAAAUUAUUGUAUGAGAGAAGAUGGUACCACAGGGGGCAACCGAUUUACGUGGAAGGAAAGGAUUUAUCGAAAUUCGCUGCUCACAUAUCAGCGAUUGGAACUGAAGCUAUCUGGGUGAAAAAAGUAUCGGAUGCAUCAAAAGUUCGGAUAUUCACAGCCCAAUUGAGCCGUGGAAAAGUUUCCAUAAAGCGACGGGCCUCAUAACAUAAAAAAA